AUGUCAACACUGUCUAUUCAACAGAAAUAUGGUAAUCGAGUACCAUCCUUCCAUCACAAUCAACGACAAUGGCCCAACGUGGUUCUGAAAAAGUCUCCGAUUCUCUUUUCCACAGAUCUUCGAGAUGGAAAUCAAGCCUUGCGGAACCCCAUGACAUUCGAUCAAAAACUUCGACUUUUCCAAUUCCUCGUCUCCAUGGGUUUCAAAGAAAUCGAAGUCGGUCACCCUUCUGCAAACCAGGGCGAAUUUGAUUUCAUCCGCCAUCUCGUCGAUACUCCGGGUUUAAUACCAAAAGACGUCUUGAUUCAAGUCAUCGCUCCCUGCAGAGAAGAAGCCGUCAAGCGAGCGGUGCAAAGCGUCCAGGGUGCCGCUCAAGCCAUCAUUUUUACGUAUCUCCCGAGCAGUGACAAUUAUCGGACGACGGUGCUGGGGAUUUCGGAAGAGGAGUGGGUAGAUUGCGCGGCUCGAGUGGCAAAAUUCGCGCGAGAAAUUACUACUGCGACUAGCAGCAGUACCACUAAGUGGACGUGGAAUUUCGGUUUCGAGGACUUUGCCAAUGCACGUUUAGAAGCAGUGGUUAGAUGUGCAGAGGCCGUCAAGGCGAGUUGGGGCCCGAGUGUAGAUGCACGGAUGAUUUUUUCUCUGGCGUCUAGUGUCGAGAGCUCGAUGCCAAAUGUCUUUGCCGAUCAAGUAGAAAGGUUCUGCCAGAGUGUUUCGGACCGGUCGUGCUGGCGCGUUUCUGUUCAUACCCACAAUGAUCGAGGGGGUGCAAUAUCAACUGCGGAACUCGCCAGUCUCGCUGGAGCAGAUCGUGUUGAGGGAUGUCUCUUUGGAAAUGGAGAGCGCGCUGGCAAUAUGGAUCUGAUCACGUAUGCGCUGAACCGGGUCAGCGAGGGCAUAGACUGUGGGCUGGAUUUGAGCAAACUCCGAGAUGCUCGUCAGAUAUAUCAAGACAUUGUGGGAAUACCCAUUCAUCCGAGGACGCCCUAUUCGGGAGCAUAUUACCUGAGAGCAUUCAGUGGUGGACAUCAGGACGCCAUUGUCAAGGGUCUCGAGCGUCGCGCUUUGGCGGAAGCUGAUGUGACAACGCAGUCGAGCAGCACAUGCUGGCCACAGUGGAGCGUCCCCUAUCUUCCCAUCGACCCGGUGGAUAUCGGCUUUGGCCAGGAGGACAUCAUCGAGAUCAACAGCCAGAGCGGUAAGAGUGGUGUCAAGUGGGUGCUCCAGUCACGUCUCGGUCAUGAAAUUUCCAGAGAGGAUGCCGAGGAGACGGUGCGUGUGGUGAAGAUGCGCUCUGCUGGUAUUGAUCAAGCAACGGACGCCGACGAGCUGUGU